AUGGCUGACAAGCAGAAGACCAAAGAGCGCCCUGCUAAGCGCUCGCUCACUCCGAACCGCAACUUGUACAGCUCAUUCAACGAAGCUCACCGGAACAUUGCGCCGCCUACUCCCAAGCUACCCUUCGAGACGGUCCUGGGAAACGGCCAGCGAUUGACCCAAGAGCAGCUUGAGCAAGUUGAGCAGAUUCUGAGUGAUGCCAAUCGGUCCAAGGAUUCCGAGGAGCCAGAGAGCCAGGUGAAGACCGAGGAGACAGAGCUUCCCAGUAUCAGCACUCAGUCCGGCAAUGGAACCAACUUUACGAGCCACUCCGCCCAAUCUGCCGUUGAAGCCAAGAGAGAGACCAUCAGCAAGGACCCUCGCGCCUCUUCUGUCUACCCAUCUGAUGAUGAGUACGCCUUCAUCGACACCUCGAUCUCGUCUCUGCCCGAAGCCAAGGCCAAGCAAGAGCAGCCGCACCCUGCAGAUGACCCAUUCGCCAGCCGAAAUGCCCUCGACAACUGGCAAGAUUCCUCCUCCAUCUAUCCCGAGGACGCUAUUUCUUUGGGUCAGGUAUCUGAUGAUGAGCCCGUUCCCGAAGUCAAGCUCGAGCCCAGGUCGUCUCCCGUCAUGGCUUCACGCACCACUCUUCCUCCGCCUGUUGCCACGAGCUCCCAAGACCGCUCCCAGCAAAAUCCGCAGUCUCACUUCGACGAUCUUCCCAAGUGGAAGGACUCAUUUGGCUACUUCGACACCACUCACUCUAGCCAGAAUGUCACGCGCUUUCCUGUUUUUCUUGAUCCCUUCACUGGUUGUUCCCCAGCUUUCCCCAGAAUGCCCCAGCCCCAGCCCCAGCCUGUUGCCAAAGCGGUGGAGACAAAGACUGAGGCAAAGCAUAAUGGCCAAGCUUCCAAAGCCUCAGAGAGUCGGUUCAACGCACAAGACAAUGGCAAGGCGUCCUCCAGCCGGCUCAACCCCUUUCACGCAUUCUCAGGUUGUUCAUCUCAAGAGUCUGAAGAUGACGAUUUUGAGGAAACCCAGCUCAAGUACAAGGAGAAGGUCACGCGACUCAGUGCGGAGAAAGAAGUGUCUCAAGCUCUUCAUCACGCUACUGGGAUCAGUCAACCCUCAUCCGGCCUUGUUGUGAACCGUACUCGUUCAUCCCACACGCACGAUCUUCGCAACUCCCCUAACAACCCAGCCAAGACUCAGCGGCAAGGAUUCUACCAUGCGCCAGCAAUCCAGCCCUCCUGGAAGGUCACUUCAUCUGGAGUCAAGGUUCCCGUUGCCGCCCAGCACCAUGGCCCAGACGAUAUCAAUACGCCGGCAGCUGAGCCGUACAGCGCUAUUGACAACACCAACAUGGCUGCCAUGGCAUCGACUGCAGAUGAGAGAGCUGGUUUUGAUGGAGAAGAAGAUUGGCGCACUGUGACUGACGACCGCGAAUUCCCCACUGGCGCUGUUGGCAGAGUCAUGACUGGAAGCAGCAUUGCCAACGUCUCUGACAGGGUCCUCAUUCAGCAUCCCAACGCCCACGAAGCUCGUCGCGCUCUAUCCGCCACUGGCCCUUGGUGGAGAAGAACCGCAGGCACGCAGCCCGUGACGUCGCCAUUGUCUCCUUUCCCCAACUUGGGCUUCCCUACACCCCCUCAGCCCACUAUCCCUCCUAAUCGUCGCCAACAGGAGUGGCAUGAUGUGGAAUUGGACUCCCUGAAUCCUGCUCUGCAGCACCCUGGCUCUCGUCCUCGCACCGACACAGGAGAAACAGUCAGUGGCCUCUCCCAGUCCAAGUUCCCCUUCCCUCUAGUCUCUCGAGAGGAUGCAUCCAAAAUCCAAGCUGUACGUCGCGCAAGUGGCCUGGAGGAUCAUACCUUGUCUGGCAGCCUCGUCUCACCUACCAUGCGCCCCAAUUCUUCCAUUCAAGACAGCAGCUAUGGUCUCUCUCGUCCCGACAACCGCAAGGAUUCUGCCCAUUCACAAUUCAGUCAGACCAAGAACGGUAGCUACCACGAGGCCUUCUCUUCCCAUCGCCAAAACACUUGGGGCAACCAGCCCACGUCGGGGCUGCCCGCGCGCCCUUCUCCUUUGCAGGAGAGGGCUCCUACCGCGGCGAGCGGCAAGGCGGCUCGCGUCACACACCGAGCGGCCGCCGACGCCCUCGCCAACCAGCGGGCGCGGGAGGGCUCCCCCCACCUCUUCACAAGGGAGGGGGCCCGCGUCAUCAGCACCGACGUGGAGCUGGCUGGCAUUGCCGGCCCCAACAUGCUCUCGGAGCGCGCGCAACGGCGCUCCAAGCUCUUCUACCGCGGGGUCAUGGCCAUCACCCUCAUCAUCCCCUUCGUGGGAUGGGCCAUGACCUCGUGCAGAGCCGACUCAAUGCUCACGGCCAUCACUCAAGGAGAGUGCUCUGGCCUCUCCCACGGCCAACGGCGCAACAUGCGCAUGAUGAUGUUCGGAGGCUUCGCCCUCUGGUGCAUCGCGGUCGUCGUCGUACUCAUCAUUACGGCUGCCACCCGGCACUGA